CCAGAUUCAAAGAAAAAUGGUGAAGUAUAUGUGUCCCCGUGAAUGUGUAGCAGAUCGGAGUUUCACACAUAUAGUACAGCUCAUCUCAUGCAUUUAAAGAGAAUUGGAGAAGAACUUCCUCUGUGAUCCUAAAUGCACACACAAGGCAGCUCCGAAGAGAGCUCUACCUGCCUCAUCCAGCCUGUCAGCUCCUCUGAGUCUCAGGGCACAGGACACAUUAUCAGUCGCCUCUGGUCAAUCAGACCUCAGCCAGGCUCAUCAACCAACAACCACAUGGCCACUGGGCAGCAACAACAAUCACUUGUAUUAUUCCCAUCCCUAUGUGCAGAUCAGUGCAAUUUAGACCAAGGAUCUCAUGGCCGUCAUAAGGAGCAGCCAAUUACUGUAUCGGGUGGAAGGAAAGAGCUCCGGGCUCCCAUAAACUUCUGUACAGUGCAGCACCCAACCUGCUCUACUCUCAAGGCAAAUCUCCAGACAACAAUCACAAGUACCUACUGGGAAGAGAAUAGUUGCUAACAAGAACACUACGAAUCACACACCCACUGAGCCCCCGGUCUGAUCCAGGGCAGAGCCAUGCGGACCCUCGUCGUACUUCUCGUCUUGGGCAUCUGUGCCCCCUGGGUGGCAUCCGUGCCGACGCUGGAGAAAAAAGACCGCGUCCACCACAGCAAGGACCUGAGCGACCACAAACACGACGACAGCAAGGACUUCCAGUACGACCACGAAGCCUUUCUGGGGAAAGAAGAUGCGAAGACGUUCGAUCAGCUCACCCCGGAGGAAAGCCAAGAGCGACUGGGGAAGAUAGUUGAUAAGAUUGACAGUAAUAAUGACUCCUAUGUCACAGCGCCUGAGCUCUUGGCCUGGAUCAAGUUUGUGCACAAAAGAUUUGUCACGGAGGAUGUGGAUAAGCAGGUGCGGCUGUACGAUAAGGACCGCGACGGAUCGGUGACCUGGGAGGAGUACUCCAAACAGACGUACUCCCAUCUCAUAGGAGAAGUUGAGUUUUAUGAUGUCCCAGACAAAGAAAGAUACAGGAAGAUGAUGAAACGCGACGAGAGAAGGUUCAAGCAAGCAGACAAAAAUGGCGACCUGAUCGCCACCAGGGAAGAGUUCACAGCAUUCCUGCACCCAGAAGAGUUUGACUAUAUGAAGGACAUGGUCGUCACGGAAACCAUAGAGGACAUGGAUAAAAAUGGAGAUGGUACAGUGGAUGUUAAUGAAUAUAUUGCUGACAUGUAUACACCUGAAGCUGACGAACCAGAGCCUGAAUGGGUUAAAACGGAGCGCCGGCAGUUUGCAGAUCACCGUGACUUGAAUAAGGAUGGCAAGCUGGACAAAUCCGAGAUCGGCCACUGGAUCCAUCCGCACGACUAUGACCAUGCAGACCUGGAGGCCAAGCAUCUGAUCUAUGAAUCUGACAAGGACAAGGAUGAUAAGUUGACGAAGAAGGAAAUCCUGGACAAUUGGAACAUGUUUGUGGGAAGUCAGGCAACAAACUACGGCGAAGACCUGACCAGGCGGCACGAUGAAUUCUAACAGGCGCGUGCAGUCUGUCUGCUCCUGAGCGAGCAUAGAACACCCCAGCACAUUGCUGGUUACUUACAGAUUGGAUUCCAAUUGUGGCAAUGGGGGACUGGAUGUGGCUGAAGCUGUGUAUAUUUUUGUUUUCUUAACUGAAGACUUGGUGCUACGGCAGUAGGACUGCUGCCAUAUGGGGCCAUCGUGUACGUGAUUGGAUGGAAAUGAGGCCAUCUGUGCCCUUCUAGGCCCUCUCCUGCAGUCAAUUGUGUGUGUUUUUUGUCUGUCUUUCUCCCCUGCUGCUGUAUCCAAAUACAUGACAAACCAAACCUGCCACAGGCUAUUAAAUAUUUUAUAUAUGGGGCC